AUGGCUAGCACAGGCAUGGAAGAGGAGAGGUUGAGUCUGUCGGGAGUUAAUGAGAGGAUUUCUCUGGUUUCCAAUGGCUUGAUACUUGUUUUACUAAAUGAUACUCUUCAAUUUCAGGGAGACAAUAGGUGUGUUAAGACAGAUGGUUCCUGCAGCAGACAAGUGGGUGGAGCUAGAAAAAAACAUUUUCCAAAGAAAAUUGUUAAGAGUAGAAAGGAGAGUAAUGUUAAGAGUAACUCCUGUGCAUCCCGGAAAGAAGAUGGUGAUGAGAGUGAUCAAGGGAAAAGUAGCAGUAACAAAGAAGUUAAUAGUGAUAAUGAUAGUGGCAAGGGCAGUGGCUUGGAAAGUGAAAGUGAUGAUGAGGAUUUUAGAAAGAGAAAUGAUGAUGAGGACCUUAGUUCUGGCAAGGAAGACAGUGAUGACAGUGCCAGCCCACAGAGGAAAAAGAAGGACACUGGUGCCAAAAGGAGAGAGCAUGAUGGUGAACAGGAAUGCAGUGACAUUGACAAUGACUCUCCGGUUGAUGGCAGCAGAACUAAGAGGAAUGAUAAUACAAGUCAUCCUCUUUUGUUAAACAAUCAGAAAGUCAUUGACAUAGAAAUUUUGCAGCCCCAAAUAAAAGAGCCCCAGUGUUGUUAUCAGAGUCUGUUCCGGACAAAAAAGAAUUUAAAGAUUGCAUUUGGUAUUGCUGCAGUUUUAACAUUGUUGUUCUGGAUGGUAAUAAUGCUUCCUAUAGCACGCAAAAUACGAGAUGACCUAGGCUUCACUUCAGUCGGUGUAAAGAAGAAUUCAUAUGCAGCAUCAUGGCAGUCGCAGAUCCAAAAAAGUAAUUCUGGCAUAAUUGAUAAGAAUAGCAUUUUUGCAAUUCUUCAAAGAGCUGGUGUAAAAGACUUCAGUACCGAAUUCCAAGUUGUUAUUUCAUUUGGGGGAUUAGUUCCAUUUCUCCUAAUUGUAUGCUGUUUGUGCUGCUGUUACAAGAGAUUAUCAAAGAGAUAUAUGGUAAAUGGGGACCAUAUACCGUUGGCUACAGAAGAGAAUCACAUAGUUUAAGGUUGUGGUAUGGUGAACAACUUCAAAAGGUUUUUCCUCUAAUUACCAUGGAAUUGUGCCUUAUUUGGAGUCUUCAGUUAGUAAACUGCCUGUUAAUUUGAGUAAUUUGAUAUAGACUGGGAUAACAGUAGAUUUUAUUUAUGUUCUUGAAUUUGUAUUGCAUAUUGUUUCCACUAAUAUAAAUACGUACAAAAAGCAUACAAGGAGCUUAGUGUUGUCCAUGGCUGGUGGUAAUGGUAUGUGCUUAAGAAGGUAUCUAGAUAAAUUGAAAAUGUUAUUGAAGAAUGAUAAUCGGAAUUAAACCAUUGCACCAGUAAAUGUACUGUUGAAUGUAGUUUCUGUUGUCAAUUUUUUUAUGGACAAAGGAGCCAAUUAGUAUGUUUACUUGACCUCACCUGAGUUUUGGGAAAAAAUACAUUUUUUUAAUGCUAUGAAUAUCAGUGCUAUUAUUAUUAUUGGCAUUACAAUUAAUAUAAUGUUAACAAAAUUAAUGACAAUGAAAAUGUUAAAAAUCUUUCCAAAAGUCAAGAAAAAGGGUAAACUGGUUAAUUAGAUAGGAUAAAUAAUUUAUGCUUUGGGUUUGAGGGACUUGUGGAGCUGUCUGUGCAAACAAACCAAAUCAAAUGAAAGCAAAGCAAAGCAAAGCAAAAGCAAAAGCAAAAGCAAAAGCAAAAAAAAAAAAAAAAAAAAAAAAAAAAAAAAAAAAAAAAAAAAAAAAAAAAAGAAAAGAAAAGAAAAGAAAAGAAAAGAAAAGAAGAAGAAAGAAAGAAAGAAAGAAAGAAAAGAGGCAUGUAUUUUUGUCAUUGAUGAGUUAUCAAAUACAUUGGAAAUCUGUAUGAGCAUUCAGAUUUAAUCUUUUCUUUUACUUUUAUUUUGAUUGUUUCUUUUUUCCCUUUUCUUUCUAUCUUUCCCUCAAGGUUAUAUCACUACAUAUUUUUAUUUAGUUAAAUGAAAAGAUUUUGACGAUUUAUUUUCAGUUCGCUAAUGGGGGAGAAAAAAAAAAGCUUAAUUAUUUGAAUACCCAUGAUUUUCACUUACAAAUUUGGCCAAACUUAAAGUGAGUUAGAGUUCAUUACACUUGCUCUCUUUCUCUUUUGCCAUAAUGUUCAUAUUAAAAGUUAAAUGUCUAAGAGAGAGAGAGAGAAUUUUGUUUAUAAAGGGUAUACAUUUUCAAUAUAACUAAUUGAUAAAGUAUUGAAUUUUAUGCUUCCAUUUUCAUACUCAUAAAGUCUUCAUUAUACUGAAGUGCAUGGUCCAAAGUAUUUGAUAAUGAAUCUUCUGAAACUAAUGUUCUUAAAUCUAGUCUAAUUCACAAUGUGAUAUCAUGUUUUAUUUUGAGUUUGUUAAAUUGCAGUGUAAAGGAAUUUUACAUUGUCAAAAUAUUUCAACCUUCCAUGCUCAUCUACACGCAUGCACACACGCGUACGCGCACGCACGCACGCGCACACACACACACACACACACACACACACACACACACACACACACACACACACACACACACACACACACACACACACACGUGUGUGUGUAUGUACUUAUUAUUUAUUUAUAUGCUUAUUAUUUCUAUACAUAUUAUUUCUAUUUUUUCUUGUAUUUAGUUCUAAUUGCCAAUGAACUUUAAUUAUCAGUACAGGACAUUUUGUGAUAUAUGGUUAUUUGAUUAUUAUUGUACUUAAUAAAGCGAUGGUGUAAACUGAAUCAGUAAUAUCCUGCAAGUAAAGUUUUAUAACUUAGAUAAUGCAUGAUUAUAUUUUGAUAAAAGAAAACACCUUCAAGAAUUACAACUAGUUGCUUAACUGCGCAUUUCGUGUCUAUAAAAUACUAAAGUCAGCAACUGAAUUUUCAUAUAUUUAUUGUGUAUUUGUGUAUGGUUAAACUGUAAACCUUGUAUAUUUAUGUAUUGAUAUGGAUGGAUGCAGAGAUGUAGAGAAUAUACCCUCUGAAAGGCCAUUUGA